CGUCACUGAAUUCCCAUGUUUAUUGGGACACCCUGUCCGAGAAAGAUAAGUCUGGUUUUUAUAUUUAAUCAUAAUAAAAGCUGUAUAAGAGAACACAUUGUAAAUAAGCGUUUCAAUGGAGCCAUUCGCGGACAAUGUUCGUAACAUAUGUAUUGAAUGAAAUCCACAGGUAGUUAAUAUAAUUAGUUGUUGCGCGAGAGAAAAUUUGAUUAUUCAGCGCGCAGUACAGUAUAGCAGGUGACGCGGGCAAUCCAGUUCGUGUUAUACGCACGCACGCAAAGUAUUGGUGAUUUGUACGAGUAAACUACCAACUCAGUGCGCUUCACACCUCUCGCUGGUUUAUAGCAACGUUUAGUGUUUUAGAGAAUUCAGAGAUAUAAAAGAUACGCAUAGAAAUCAAAACUUUGUGACAGAAACGGUUUAGUGAAUUUUUCAUCAACGUCGUGUAGAACAUUUUGACCAUUAUACCAUCAUAGACCUCUUGUGUUUAAAAUCCAGUGUUAAACCCAACUAAUAAUACAGUGAGAAGAUACUUUAUAUGAUAAUUCUGCAAACAAAUUUACUACAAAUUAUUACAUGGUUUCUCAAAAGAUUCAGGUAUAAAUAUAAAAGACAAUAAUUAAAAAAACGUAAAAAUUUCAGAUAAAUGAAAUGGUAUGCUGCCUUCAGGCAUUCUUGUCCUCAAAUCUAGUCCCUUCCUGCCCUGAUUCCUGUCUUCAAAUUUCAAGAUGUUGAUUAACAAGAAAUCUGUAUUUCCUGCCCUGGGUGUUUGCAUCACUGUAUUUCUGGUUUACUUCCUGUUAGAUAAAUCUAAUUUUCCUGAAAGACAGUCUGAAGAUGCCCCUACUCCCGGUGGUAGACAUAUACCUCUAGAUCCGAUUAUUAGACUAUCUGAAGAUCCGGUUAGUAGACUAUCUCAGAAUCCGGGUAGCAGACAAUUGGAAGAUCCGAGUAGUAAACUUUCUGAAUAUCCAAGUGGUGAACUCUCUGAGGAUCCGGAUGGUAGACUAUCUAAAGAUCCGGGAGGUAAACUGUCUGACAAUUCUUCUGCUCCUGGUUUCAGAACUGAACCUACCGUAGCCAGAAUCUGGAUAUCUAUGGGUCUAUGUUGGGGGCAGAAUGCACAAGUUCACGGAAAAAAGGAAUUCCCUUACUCCGAAGCAGCACUCAGGUCUGUGUCUCUAUGGUCUAGGUUAACUAAAGCUCAGCCUAUAGUUCAGAUUUCCUAUUCUGGAACCAUAUCUGCUGAACUACUAAAAUACAGAAGAAAUCUAGAGGAUAAAGGAGCUUUGGUGUACUUCAACAAAACUAACCAACUACCAUGUGUACUUUCCUCGCAGCUGACAAGGAUGUUAGCCUAUAAGCUUGAUAUAGUAGCACCGACUGAUAUUAUAGUAACAGCUGAUGUUGAUGCUUUUAUUGAAACCCCUGGUAUACUAGAACCUCUUAACCAGCCGAAGACAGUUUGGAUUUGGCAGCAUGCAUAUACAGUAGAAUUCGGAUACACCUUUGCAAUGAGUUUUAUCGCAGCAACCAGUUUAAUUUGGAGAGAUAUACUGGGAAACCCUGCAGAUCUAAAUGUAAUGUCCAAACAGUAUGAAUUUAGAAAAACCGAGGAUUCUAUCAGUUGGGGUAUAGACCAGCUAAUAGUGAGUCGGGGAAUCCUUAACUCUGGCCUCUGCAGUUUACCCAGUCAAAACUCUCUCUGGAAAACUCUUGAUCUAUCCGUAGCCGCUGAGAGAAAAUAUGAAGAAAGUUGCUGGAAAGGAAGUAGAAUCUGGGAUAACUGCAAUAAAAAUCGACAUUUAAGUGUCUGUUAUUGGUGGCAUUUUCAUCCUGAUGACAGGAUUGAAGAACUUGAGAGGAAAUACAGGGAAAUUCUACAAGCUUCCUCGAUGCAUAAAUAGCUUCAUCACUGUGAUAAAUCAGUAUUUUAUUUAUAUGAUGCAUUGCAACUUGGGAAUUUUAAUGUACUGUCAACAGAUGUGACCCUUCAAUUUAAAACUGGCUUGCCCGAUUCGCAGCAUUGCACUUUAAACCUUUAUUUAUGCAACAACACGUGUUGAGAUAUGUCAAUUUGAUUAUAUGUCUCUCAACUGCAUAAAUAUCCUAUUCAUUUUUUGAGAUAAAUUACAACUGAAAAGAUUUAAAAUAAUGAAUUUUCAGCUGGAAUAAAAACAAAAUAUCUUCAUGUUUUUAUCAGACUGAGUUCUACAGGGUAUUUAUGAUAAUCGAGUAUGUAUUUUUGUAAAUGGAGGGUCACUUUAAAUUUAAUCAAACAGUCUCUUUAAGAACUUUAUUAUCCAAAACUGAAACCAAAAAGGAGAAUGUGAAAUAAUGCAGUUGAAUUGAAUUUUAAUGGCAUUCCUUAAUGUUACAUUUAGAACCGAUUAACUAUUUAAUUUUCUCCCCAUAUUAUAAUCUAAAAGGGAGUGUUCACUUAUUUGAAUUCAGGGUCACAUUUCCCUUUGAUAUGAAUAUCUAGGUCCAAGUUGUUGCUUUAAAGAAACCUAGGCUGUGUCUCUUGCAAGUUUAAUUAAAACAGAAUGCACUUAUACGAUAGUGUUACCUGUGAGCUCCUCCAGUUCCAAUAUUGCGUUAGAGAGAAACAAAUUCAUCAAUGUAGUUAAAUACGAUAGUGUUACCUGUGAGCUCCUCCAGUUCCAAUAUUGCGUUAGGGAUAAACAAAUUCAUCAAUGUAGUUAAAUAUAAGAAAUUCAAAACUUUAUAACAAUCCUCAAUCAUUGAAAUCGUGUUAAGUUUCAAUUUUGCAAGAAAUUUUGUGCAGUACUCUGUUGUACGAACUAUAAAGGUUGGCUCCUGGUGUAUCUUUGUAAGACAUUAUAUAUGACAUUAAGAAUUGUCAUUCUGUUAAAUGUUAACGUGAUCUCACAAACUCUAUUAUACAUUUUUUGUGCACUUUAAGAAUAAAUCUACAUUAUUGUG